CGGUUACAUACUUUGCUAGCUACGCUCCACCGACCUGUUCAUGUAAACAAAGGCUAAGGAUGUUGAAUUAACUGCAAGUGUUAUUUAGUAGCUAAUGCGUUUCUUUUCACAAUGCAGCCAGCCGAGAAAGCAUAUUAUCGCUUUGUGGUGCUGUUCUUUAACUGCCUGCUGACAUUUGGCUCCUACUUCUGCUUUGACAUCCCCAGUGUUUUGCAGGAUCAGUUUCAAGGGAACCUUACAUGCCCAAAUGCAACAGUAAUCAAUGGAACAGUGGACUGUGUGGAGGGACUGGGGAUGUCCCCACAGCAGUACAAUCUUCUCUAUGCCAUUUAUGCUUGGACGAAUGCAGUAGUUGUGAUCAUGGCCGGAUUUCUGAUCGACAAAUUAGGAAACCGCUUUGGAGUUUUUCUGUUCUCUUUUCUCUGUGUUUUGGGCUCAUCCCUGUUUGCAUUGGGGUCCCACUUCAAAGGAACUCCCUACCUGCUUCCACUGAUGCUCACAGGCCGUUUGUUGUUUGGGUCAGGCAAUGGAUCUCUGACCAUUGUUCAGAACCGUAUCACAGCCUUCUGGUUCAAAGGGAAAGAGCUGGCUUUGGCUUUCGGUGUGACCCUGGCCUUCUCUCGUCUGGGUUCAGUCCUGAACUUCUUCCUCACGCAGAAGUUUGAAGAGAAAUAUGGCAUGCAGUGGACACUCUGGGGUGGAGCAAUCUUGUGUGUUCUUGGCUUUAGUUCUGCUAUAAUUGUGAGUGCCCUGGACAAGAUUGGAAUGAGGCAACUAGGUUUGGAUGGAGCCAUUCAAGAGGAGUCCCGUAAAGUGAGGAUUCAAGAUGUAAAACUCUUGUCGCUGAGAUACUGGCUGCUGGUUCUCACCAUCAUGUUUUUCUACAACGGCAUCUUCCCCUUCAUUGCAGAUGCCAGCAAGUUUAUUCAGGAUAAGUACAGCGACUACAGUCAGAAGGAAGCAGCUUACAUCGCUGGGGCGGUUUAUGACAGCUCAUUAGUUCUCUCAGCCAGUGUGGGCAUCCUCAUUGAUUAUGUAGGUCUGCGGGGCAUUUUUGCAGUGGCCUGUGCUGUCCUCACGCUGCCUGUGUUUGGACUUCUAGCCUUCUCCUUUGUUCCUCCUCUGGUCUCCACCGUUUGGCUGGGAGUCACUUAUUCCUUUGCUGCUGCUAGCAUGUGGCCCUCUAUUCCUCUUGUAGUACCUCAGGCAACUUUGGGUACAGCCAUGGGCCUGGCAACCUCCAUACAGAUGGUUGGGAUUGGGGUGUCCAAUCUAGUGGUCGGCCAGAUACUUGGCACAAAAUCAAGUGAAACUAAGAUUCCGCUGUGGCGCUGGCAGAGGAUGAUGAUCUUCAUGUUGGCCAACACCAUCAGCUGCAUUGUGACCUCAGUGUUGCUGAACAUUGUUGAUUACAAACAGGGAGGAACUCUGAACAAGACCACCAAGAGAUCAGUGCCACCAGAGAGAGACUCGGACCGCGAACCGCUCAAUCCGGGAGAGGAAGAGCAAAAUGAGGAGGAUGAUGGUGCUGCCAACUCUCCUUCUAUCAAUUCAUGAUUUUUUUUUUUUUAAUUCUUUAUUUUAAUAUUUUUACAGUAUAUUUUAUGUGCUUCCAGUUUUAAAACAAGGAUGAAACCUGCAUCCUGCUCUUGAUCAGCAUGAAACUUUAUGAUCUCGAAUAUUUAGCUGUCGUUGGCUUUUGUUCAUGUUGUACGGCUGCAGCACUAGAGAGCUCUAACACAGAUGAAACAGUAUUAUCAGUAAGCUGCAGUAGCCAGGAAUGGCUACAACACCAGCUGUAAAUGGGGCCUUUUGACAUGCUUCUUCCAUCUGGAUUGGGCCAGGUGUGAAUUGUCAUCUUCAGGUCCCUCCACAGAUCUUUUGUGGAAUUUAGGUCUUGGACUGGCCUCCUUAAAGUAUUGUACUAAAUCCACUUUAGGCUUGUUUCUGUCUUUCAGGUGAUAAUUGUGCUAAUAGGUGGACAGUUGUCCUAGUCUCUGGUCUCAUACAGCUUGAGACAGGAUUUCUUCAAGAAGCUCUCUGUUUCCCUUCAUUCAUUCUCUUCAAGUGUGACUAUUUUUCCUGUACCUGCUACUAACAAGCUCCCCUAUAGCAUGGUGCGACUACCACUAUGCUUCUGCAGGGAGUAUUUACCAGGUAAUGAGAAGUGCUGAAUAUUUUAUCAGACAUGAUUCUUAAAUUUUUGACCAGACAUUUUAGUGUUUGACUCAUCAUUUUAGUUAAAAGAUUUGCUUAUGCUCUACGAGUCCUUUUUUUAAAUGCAGGCUGGCGAAAUGACUCUUGUUCAGCAGGUCCUCCAUCUCUUGGCCUGUUCUUUUUUUUUUUUUUUUUUUUUUUCCUCUAAACACUGUGUGGUUUAGAAGAUCUUGGAUACACAGAGGAGUCUCUCUGAACUAUGUGAGGUCCAUUCAGUGUGCCACGGGUCGACUGCCAUCAGGGUCCAGACACAUCUGAAGGAAUCUGGCCACAACUUCUAGGAGCCACAAGAAAACUGUUAAAAAUCUUUUGUGAUAUAUCUUAAUGGUAAAUUCAAUUCCAUUUUGAUGUUGGUGUUGACUGUCUGAAUAGUAUUUACAGCCGUUUUGUAUACAUGUUUUACUUAACAUAAUUUUUAAUGUGCUGGUUUUAGCUUUUAUUUCAAUUUUUAGUAUUGGUAAAAAGGGAAAAGGUAAAAAAAAAAGACAACCUUUCUUAGUCUUUAAUGUGACCUUAUACACUUUUUAUGAUUCUUAUAAUUGUUCAGCCAAUGAUGCUAAUGUACUGCCAUACCAGAAUGUGUGGGUACUAAUGAUGUUACAAAAAAAAUCUCCUUUUUUUUUUUUUUAAAGCUUUCCUUACAUAACACUGUGGCAUUUUUGUGUGUGAUGGAACUGUCAGAACAGUAUAUGUUCAUAUGUUCAGACUCCUACAUGCAAAACAGUUGUACGGUAAGAAGCUCAGCAUGUUUAAAGAUACAACUUCCACUUUAUGGGUGCAGCAAAAGCAGACUUUACCUGCACCAGUGAAAACGUCCUGCUCACAAAUGUACCGAAUGUACAGACAACACCUGCUUUGCACAAAGAUAACGGCGACCUUGUGCACAGACGUUUUGGUCCUUCCCCCCCUUUUCCUAGUCCCUGUAGAUAAAAGUAAGACACGUCUGUUUAUUUACAGCUCAUUCUGAUGUCCUGUGACUCUUUGUGAUGGCUUCUUUUGCAGAAGAUUUUCAAUAAAACACAUGACUGGAUUCUUUU